UGGUAAUGACCUUUGACCCUGAACAUUCAUGUGCAUGGAACACACACAUUACACACGCGAAAGUAAUGCUGAACGAGCUACUGGGAAUUCCCCGUUUUCAUGUUUGUCUCGCGCGCUCAUGUUAACUGCACUAUGCAUCCAUCUGUAAUGUACGUCAAGACGCACGCAAAAUAUGACGAUAACAAUGGAGUAACGUAUUAUUGCUCCUGGAAUGAACAUAUUUGCUAAGCUUGUCGUUUAAUUGACUUCGCACCUUGUCUUGUGUUUUCCUCACACCGCUCUGGUCUCAUUGAAGCGUGAAAAAAUAAAUCAAGAAAUGUCUUCGGGUCGGAAAGUGAAAGUGGCUGUGUACAGCGGGAGUCGGGAAGACAACGUGGCAGGUCUUAUCCAGGAAAUAAGGGACAGGAUGACAGAUUAUGUUGAAGAAGUUAUAUUUGUUCAACUCCCUUACAACCUUAGUGACAUGUUAAAGAUGAAGCUGGACAAGAAUUACUACAUGGUGCUAUGUCAUUCCAUCAACAACAGACGGUUUUCAAUCACCAAUGUCACAGAUGCUCUGUAUGAUGACUUCUUAAAGAAAGCCAAGAAAAGACUAGAUCGCCGUAAGGUGGGUGUGAUCGCUCAUGACUUUGGGUCUGAUGAACUUUUGCCUGAAAAACUAGAGAGCAGGAUGGAAUCUUUCCGAAACAGUCAAGAAAGAACAUUCAGAAAAUCAAUGCUGCAACUCAUCGGUGGACAGCUGUCGAAAUCACCUGUUGAGCUAAGCGAUGGUCAAUGGGAAGAACUAAGAAAAUAUUUCAGAAAUGAAUUGAAAACCCCAAAGCCAAAAAAGCCUGGUCGGAGAAAUUCCUGCUUGUAAUUUCAGUCACAAAAAUCGUAAACAGACAUUAUUGUGUAAUGCAAUGUCGCAAUGAAAAAAUGUGAUGUAAAGCUAUCAAGAGAAGUAGUGAUAUAAGAUCAUUUGUAUAGCAUAACAAUUGAUUUAGCUUUCAUCGUUUUUAUAUUUCUGACAAAAUUAAUUUCAUGUCAAAUAAAAUUGUAUUGUUUAAUGAAAAAAGAUAAUAGUUUAAUGAAUUGAUAAGGGUAGUUUUGGAGUUGCUUAUAGUUUCAAUAAAGGACAGUGUAAAGCGUAUAAAUAUGAACGAAAAGGUAGAAUUUCGUCGUUUCCUGUAGGCCUCCUUUUUUAUAAAAAGUUGUUAGCCUAUUAUACUGAACAUAUUUCGGAAUAUUUGCAUGUAAGAUAUGAGUCAUUCUUUAUUCAUUGUGAAGCUGGGAAUGUUAUGUUCAAUAAUGACGGAAACACGAUGCCAUGUUCCCGUUUUUUUUAUUUACUUAACUUCCCUUUUGAUUAUUCAUAUUCCUGGACCGUGGCCCGCAAAAACACAUGUUACACCGAAAGUGGGGUGGACUUUGCCUGAUGCCAUAUCUUACCUGCAUUCAUUCGUUUAAUUACAAUUCAAUCGAUGAUAAAUAUACAUCAUAUGUCCGUGAAUGUAUAGUCACAGGACGUGUAAUAUUGAACGGAAUUGAGGAAAAUAGCUCCUGAUAGAUGUGGUCCGCCAAUUUAUUGAACGGUAUAUAGAUAAUACUCGUUAGCGAACCAGGACAUGCAGUGGCGGACCAGAAAAGGAAUCUAGAAAAUCGGUACAGGUUUUCUUCAUGAAAUAUCAGAUCGUUGAGAGACCACUUAAAUUUCUGCCUAAGGAGA